UAUUAUUCUCCGCGUGAGUGCGCAUGGGCGAAUUUCAAGCUAAGCGACAAGUCUGUGUGUAUAUUUGUCCAGUUAAUUUGGGUUAUUUUACGUACAAUAGUGGCCAAAUGGGUCGUAGUUUAGCCGACACAAGCGAGAAUUAAAAAUGUUUGGUUGGGGGUAUCUCUAGUUGACACCGUGGAGCAAGAUUUUUGCCCCCGAAUUGGACGAAGGCAUUGUGCGAUGGCCAGCACCAGUGCUGGUCGAACAAAACACCGUGAUUUCAGCCUCGGAGAUUUCGAGUUGUCUACAACUCUUGGUACGGGGACGUUUGGUCGUGUCAUCUUGGCAAAAGAGAAGAAGGCCGGUGAAUAUUUUGCAUUGAAAAUCAUGAGCGUCGCCGAUAUUAUACGACUAAAGCAAGUCGAGCACGUGCAGAACGAGAAGAGCAUCCUUAUCAAAGUGGAUAACCCCUUUGUAGUAAAUCUGUUGUGGACAUAUCAUGAUAGCAAAUUUCUUUACAUGAUAUUCGAGUAUGUUUGUGGUGGGGAGCUGUUUACAUAUUUGAGAACUGCUGGCAAAUUUAGCAAUACAACUGGACUAUUUUAUAGCGCGGAGAUUGUAUCAGCUUUAGCACACUUGCAUUCUGUAAAUAUUGUUUAUCGGGAUUUAAAACCAGAAAACCUGCUACUUGAUAUUGAUGGCCAUGUCAAAAUUACGGAUUUUGGAUUUGCCAAAGAAGUUCUAGACAAAACGUGGACGUUAUGUGGCACUCCAGAAUAUUUAGCGCCGGAAAUAAUUCAAAGUAAAGGCCAUAACAAAGCAGUUGAUUGGUGGGCCUUAGGAGUAUUAAUUUAUGAAAUGUUGAUAGGGUAUCCACCUUUCUUUGAUGAUAAUCCUUUUGGAAUCUAUGAAAAAAUAUUAGCAGGCAAGGUUGAGUGGCCAAAGACAAUGGACAAUUCCCAUGCCAAAGAUUUGAUAAAGAAGUUACUGGUCCACGAUAGGACGAGACGAUUAGGUUGUUUAAAGAAUGGUGCAGAAGAUGUUAAAGCGCAUAAGUGGUUUCGGGGAAUAGAUUGGGAAGUAGUUAUUCAAAGAAAAUUAAAGCCGCCAAUCGUUCCAAGAAUGCGGCACGCCGGUGAUACCAAAAAUUUUGACGACUACCCUGAUGAAGACUGGCAAAGUGCGUUACCAGUCAGUGCAAAACAGCUCGAGCCAUUUAAGGACUUCUAAGUUAUCUACCAGGAAGUAAGUAAGAAGUCCUGAAAGAUAAGAAAGAUUCUACCUGAAGACGAAAUUUUAAGACGAAAAUAAGAAAAUGAAAAAGUAUUCCCAAUGAACCGACCAAAAUUCCGUACUCUCAGGGUGGCUGUAAUUUUUGAACGAUUUUGCACAGUCGUAUUCAAUAACGUACAGAUAUUUUAUAUAGCUAGGAAUAACAAAAUACCUGCACAAUGUCAAUGUAUUUCUAAAUUUUUAAAAUAAUAUUUUUAUACUAUUUUAAUUCUGUCAUCGUCGCGUGCAUGUUAAUUGCAUAGUUUUAUACUUGUACCUUUGCAUACAAUUCCAGCCUUGUCUGCCUCCAAAUUAAUAUGGCACAUAUUUAUAAAAAAAAUAACG